UCUUUUUCGUUUUAGGAGGGAGUUUGUAGCCCCAUGUUAGGAGUCAAUCUGCCAUAGGCAUAGCACCAAAAUAUGGCUCUUGUGGGAUAUGUGAAACACUUGUUUAAAACAAGGCCAUUGCUAAGCAAUUGUCUGACUUAUGGCACUCUGUUCGUUGGAGCUGAAUUUUCUCAGCAGGCUGUGAAUAAGCAUUUUGCAAAGGCUAGAAAUGAGGUCCUUGAGUAUGAUUUUGCAGGGAUUGGCCGCUGUGCUGUUCUGGGUUCAUCCAUCCUUCCAAGUUUGUUAUUUAUGUGGUACAAAUGGUUGGACAGAACCUUUGUGGGAGCAGCUGCCAAAACUGUGGUUUUGAAGGUGCUUCUUGACCAGUGCCUUAUGACACCAACAUCAAUCUCUGUCUUCUAUAUUGGAAUGAGUACUCUGGAAUUCAAGAGUGACAUCUUGGCUGAAUGGAAGCAGAAGAUUGGUCCCACAUACCUGACCAGCUGGUUCUUCUGGAUUCCAGCCCAAGCAAUCAACUUCGCCCUUUUGCCUCCUCCAGCUCGAGUUGUAUAUGUUGCCUCUGCCUCUUUUAUUUGGAUCAACAUCCUUUGCUGGUUCAAGAGGCAAAGCAUGUGAAUCCUUUUCAUGAGAGGCUUCAAUGCAGACCAAGCUGAAAAUUCUUUUGGGGCUUUCUUUUUGUGAAUAAUCCUGCCAUUCUCCCAGUGCCUGUUCCUUGUGCAAAUGAUUACCAUUGGUUUCCCUUGCCUCCAAUAUCUCCUUCUUCAUAUUGAAUAUGGUGCUUGCAAAAUGAAUUGAAGGGAAUAAUUAAGAAAAGUCCUAUUUCAGUAUGAAACAAC